AACUAGAUUAGUUGAGCCACGCCUCCCAAUUCUCAAGGCUAGGUACAUGUCUCUGUCUAGCUGCUUCUUCAGCUUCUUGCUCAGUUUUGUGGCUUAGAGAAAGGCCAGCUACUCAGGGGGAAGAGUCCAGAUGAAAGUCUGGCAGCCAGGUGACGUCCAAACGAUUGAGCUGUACGGAGGCCUGUUCCUGUUCUAUGGCUUCAUACUGUUUGACACCCAGCUGAUUGUGGAGAAGUGCGAGCGUGGAGACAACGACUACAUCUGGCACUCGCUAGACCUCUUCCUCGACUUUGUUAACAUAUUCCGUCGUCUGCUCAUUAUUCUGGCCUCCAAGGAGAAGAAGAGAAGCAACAAGUGAACAAUCAUAAGCAAGAGACGUUAUUAAAACUGACGAGCGUAUUAUAAUUGUUAGCAUAAUUAUAAUUAUACAAACAUUACUGUCUUUGAUUGUUUAGUGUAUUAACCGUAAUUAUCG